AUGGCAAGAUUCGUACUACCGCGGCUCAAGAUCAACCAUCAGCGCGUCCUUGCUGAUUCUUUGGAAAUCAAGCUUGCCACCUUUAAGGUUCUAGAUGGCGCGAAUAAGCUGACGAGAAAUGAGAAGGAGGAGCCUGUUUUUGGGAAGGCGGUUGGUGGAGCUCUUAAGAACGACGAGGUUAAUCCUGAUGAUGCGGUCAUUGUGGAUACCGUGAAGAAACAGAAUUAG